AUGUCUGCACCACAACCUCAUUCACCCCCGCAGGUACAAGGUUCAUCGUCACCUGAAGAGAGCAAGACCGGCGUCCACGAAGCGGGCCCUGCAGACCCUUCGAAGGGCAAAGCUGCGCUCGCCGAGUUCUCCGCAACGAUGAAGCGUCCAGCAGAUCUCAAGUGCUUCCGCCAAAUAGGCUGUGACGGCAUCUGCAGGACCCUUCGUUGGAUGCCAGGACCGGAUGACGAGCCAACUGGCAUAGAGGUCUAUGAUGCACAGCCCAUGUCACCGUUCCUGUUGAAGGCGUACCUUGAUCGACACGACUGGAGUCAGGCGACUGAAGACCGCUUCCGUGGUGUCGACGGCAGGAAUACGCCGAAAGAUACUAAGAACGAGCGUAUGGCAGAGAGAGAUCGAUUCAACGAGGAGCGAAGAAUCUUCGAAGAGAAAAUAGCGAAAGGGGAGGUGGAGGCAGCGGAUCCGGGGCCAGCUUGCGGCGCUGUGCGAAGCAACUAUGAUCUGAGCCCACGGUAG